CUGUAAGAAACGAAAGAGAUGGCAAGCCCGAACAGCUUGGCGCUUUACAUUUAGAGAAGUUAGGCUGGAGACGGUAGUGUUGUUCGUAUACAGGGGUGGAACUGCAGCGAGACUUACUUUGGAAAUAUUUUGAAGCACGCCAAAAAAAGCAUACAAACUGGAGCUAGCUUGCCUAGCUUAAUUGUACUAUGUCCAAUUUGAACUGGAAACCUUUUGUUUAUGGUGGGUUAGCCUCUGUUACUGCAGAAUGUGGUACAUUUCCCAUUGAUCUCACUAAAACUCGACUUCAGGUACAGGGCCAAGUAAGUGAUGUGAAAUAUGCAGAGAUUCGGUACAAGGGGAUGUUCCAUGCUCUUUUCAGGAUAUGGAAAGAAGAAGGGUUAAAAGCACUGUACUCUGGCAUUGCCCCUGCUAUUUUGAGACAGGCUUCUUAUGGAACUAUUAAGAUAGGUACCUACCAGAGCUUCAAACGUCUGUUUGUUGACAAACCAGAAGAUGAAACUUUAUUUAUCAAUGUAUUCUGUGGAGUUUUGUCUGGUGUAAUUUCCUCUUCCAUUGCCAAUCCUACAGAUGUCUUAAAGAUAAGAAUGCAAGCUCAAGGAAACUUUGUUCAAGGAGGUAUGAUCGGCAAUUUUAUUCAUAUUUACCAGCAGGAAGGAACCCGCGGUCUGUGGAGAGGUGUUUCACUAACAGCUCAAAGAGCAGCUAUCGUAGUAGGAGUGGAACUACCAGUGUAUGACAUUACCAAGAAACAUCUCAUACUGUCAGGCUACAUGGGUGACACAGUAGCCACCCAUUUCCUAUCAAGCUUUGUGUGUGGUUUGGCAGGAGCUCUAACGUCUAAUCCUAUUGAUGUUGUAAGGACUCGAAUGAUGAACCAGAAAGCCAUUAAUGAUGGGACGACCUUUGUCUACAAAGGCACUAUGGAUUGUUUUGUACAGACAUGGAAGAUGGAAGGAUUUUUUGCACUAUACAAAGGAUUUCUUCCAAACUGGCUACGCCUAGGUCCUUGGAAUAUUAUUUUCUUCGUAACUUAUGAACAGUUGAAAAGGAUUGAUCUGUAAACAGCAUGCAACAAUCUCCGCAUGAAGCAAUGAAGACCUCUGGAUAUUUUAUUUUUAUAUAUUUUAUUUUAUACUUAUUGAACAAUUUGUUAAUUUGUUUGUAUGUCUGGUAUUUAGCCGUACUAAUGACCUGCAUUUUGAAUUGCAAAGGCUGAUUAAUGCAUCUAUCUAUCUAUCUAUCUAUCUAUCUAUCUAUCUAUCUAUCUAUCUAUCUAUCUAUCUAUUUGAGCAACAGAUCUUAAAAAAAUAAUGCCUGCCAACUUUAGUGGCCUUUUCAUAAAAAUGUAAAGGAGCUGUGGCAAAAUUUUUAGAAAAUCAACAGAUUCUUUUUAAGAGAUGUUAUAAUUUCUUAUGGAAGAAUACAUAUUUAGAAAAAUGUGAUGUUAUGGCUGAAAUUUGAGGUAUUUACUACAGUUAUUUUUACAAUAUGUACAAGCAUUUUUUAAUUUUACAAGGCUUGUAGUUUUCUGUUUUAUUUUUUAAGU